AUGGCAGUGAUCGGUUUACUUAUAUUUGUUUGGUUCUUUCUUUUGACCAGCUCGGAGAAAAUUUCUCAGCCCGACCAUCAAUAUCAUGAUGUGAUUAAUAAAUUAUCUGAGACUUUAAAAGAAAUUUUGAAAAAUAUUUGUGGAAAGGAUCAAUUCAGUGUUUUCAUAAGCACCAAAUAUAAGGAUCUUUCCAAAGUUAAUAGAAAUCUAGUAACUGAAGUGCUAGACAAGUGUCUCAAUCUCGAAGCAUCGGAAAAGUGGCCGGUCUCAGUUGUCUUGGCAACACUGCCAAGCCCUGGACAAAGAUUUAAAUCACAUUUAGAAUUGCUAUUCGUGGAGAAUCUGGAGCAAUUGAGAAAUAGUAUCUCGAUAACGGUCAAGAAAACUGUUUUCCUUGUAGUCUUGCUGACCAGUGAGAGGGAUAUUCAGAAACGAAAUCAACUAAUGUCGGAAAUGUUUUCGCAUUUUCUUCAUCAAUUAUACAAUAUAGAUGUUCUGCUAAUACUUGUUAACAUGGAGAUGGGAUCAAUCGAGGCCUUUACCUUUAGACCCUAUCAAUUGAAUAAUUGUGCGAGCACUUUACCCAUGAAAGUAGAUCCAAAGAUGUCGCGAAUGAUCGAUUUGUAUCCACACAAAUUGGAUAAUUUCUAUGGAUGCCCUUUAAGUGUCAUUGUCUGGGAUAUACCGCCAUAUAUGAUAAGAAAAGGACACGAUAUUGAUGGCUUUGAGGCCGUAGUUUUGAAAAUUCUGUCUCAGAAAAAAAACUUUACGCUUCAAUUAAUGGAGAAUGAGCCCAAGUCGUUAAUAGGAGGAGCCAGCUAUAUGAAUGGCACCAUGACGGGAGCCUAUUUAAUGCUGAUGCAAAGAAAGGCAAAUCUAACACUUGGUUGUGCUGCGUGCACACCAGAACGUCGAACCCAUCUUAGUUCCACCUUGCCGUACAAUCAGAUUGGUUAUGUUAUCGUUAUGAAAUCUCCACCCGGCUAUAGUGCCUACGAGAUAAUGUUGUUCCCCUUCGAUUAUGCCACAUGGUUGCUUUUGGGAGGAUUGGCUAUAUUUCAGCAUUGGCUUGACCCUUUACCCGCACCCGUGCAUGCUGGCCUACUAAUAUUACAUUUCAUUUUCCGUUCCGGUUAUGAGGGUUCAAUCUUUAAGUUUGUUCACAAUUCACCGAGCAAACCGCUGCCAAUCACAAUAUUUCAAACUGUGGAAGCUGGCUAUGAUUUCAUCACUGAUCAUGCCACCUAUCGAAUGACCAUCAAUUUGCCAAUACUACGUAGUCGUACACGAGUGAUUCCUGGUCAGCCGGUAGAUGUGUUUGAGGCUCUUCGAUCGCAACCACCGCGUACCGCAGCCUUUACAAGUCGCGCGUUUCUUGCAGAAUAUCUGCAUACACAUAGGAAUCAGUUUAACGAAUAUAUAAUACUCGAAGAAAAAGUCGUCGAAAAUAUGAUAUGUAUCUACUUUCCUCAAUACUCCUUUUUGGCUGGCAUGAUUGAUUCCGAAUUGUUUAAACUCCGCAGUUGGGGUAUACUUGACAAGAUUGGCCGAAAAUUGAAUUGGAACUUUCUCACCAGCGGCGAUCGACGUUAUAAUAAGGAUGUGAUCAAGGGUUUUGAGGAGUCCAUUAGCUUUCUACAGGCUGCUCUCAAUUGCCUGCUCAUUGGUUUAGCGAUCACACUGUGUGUUUUCCUCCUUGAGCUUCUUAGUCAGAGACGCGGCUGGUCCUGGUUGCGUUAUUGGUUGGAUUUUAUGUAG